UUUUUUUUCUUUUUUUUUUUUUCUUUUUUUAAAAUGAACAGGUUACAUGCCUGGAAAGCUUCUCAGUUACCUCACUUAUGUCUUGAUUUACGCUCACCUGUCCAAUAUCACAAGUGUCACUUGGUACCUUCCACCAAUAUACCCUUUUCGAAACUCACACAAAGACAAGCAGAACUCCCUCCUAAACAUAUCCCUAUGGCUGUACUCGAGCCUGCUGAAAUACCUCAUGCUUCAGACUGGUUAUUGCAGCGUGGAUGGACCUGUCCUUUUGUUUUCUCGGAGGAUACACUUGACUGGCAAGCAUUGAUCCAUCAACAACUCGCUACUCAAGAUAAACCACGACCAUGGGUUCUUUUCCAACCUUCUCCCUUUUUACAAGAACAGAUAGAGCAAAUUGAAUCAGGCCUUCAGAAACAGAAACCAUGGCGAUGUCUGGACCUAGGAUCAGGAGCAGGAAGAGAUAUCGGUUGGUUAGUGUCUACUCGACCUUCAUGGCAAGCCACUGGGUUUGAUUCACAACCAGGAGCUAUUCAACGCAUGACUCAAUUGGUUCAGUCGAUGGGUAUUCAGGAUCGCAUACAGAUGGCUCAAGUCAAAUUCGAGCACUGUGGUCAAUGGAAAUGGACAUCAGAACCACAACCGAUCCAUACGUAUGAUUUAAUAUUGAAUAUUCGGUUCAUGUCAAGAGCAUUUUGGCAAAAAGUGCCACACUUGUUGAGCCCAGGUGGAUGCUUUGUCUUGUCACAAUUCUAUCAUGAAGAAUGGAUGAUAUAUAAGCAGCCAAAACUAAGCCAACGAUUACAAUUAGGUGAAAUAGAACGUGUGUUUGGAGACAUGCAUCAUAUGGAAAUCAUAGUAAAUGAAAUAAAAAAGACAGAAGAUGGCAGGCCAUUACAGUGUGUCAUUGUGAGAAAGAUCAAGUAAUGUUUGUUGAUCCAUGUGGCUUUUAAAGCCAAAUAACACAGCCCAUUAUUUUACCAGCUAUUUCCCGCAGAAAAAAAAAGUUACACA